AUCAGAACCAUCAAUGAGAUGCAAACAUGAAAGACAAGAGGAAGAAGAAGGACCGCACCUGGGCCGAGGCUGCCCGCCUGGCACUAGAAAAACACCCCAACUCACCAAUGACAGCAAAGCAGAUAUUGGAAGUCAUUCAGAAGGAAGGGUUAAAAGAGACAAGUGGAACCUCUCCAUUAGCCUGUCUGAAUGCAAUGCUUCACACUAACACUCGAAUAGGGGAUGGAACAUUCUUCAAAAUCCCUGGAAAGUCAGGCCUCUAUGCUCUCAAAAAAGAGGAGUCAUCAUGCCCAGCGGAUGGCACGUUGGAUUUAGUCUGUGAGUCUGAAUUGGAUGGUACAGAAAUGGCCGAGGCAAACGCCAAUGGAGAGGAAAAUGGAGUUUGUUCAAAGCAGGUGACUGAUGAAGCAUCUUCCACUCGAGAUUCAAGCCUUACGAACCCAGCAGUGCAAAGCAAGCUAGUGUCUUCCUUUCAGCAACACACCAAAAAGGCUCUUAAACAGGCUUUGAGGCAGCAGCAGAAAAGAAGAAAUGGAGUCUCAAUGAUGGUAAACAAGACUGUUCCUCGUGUUGUUUUGACACCAUUAAAGGUGUCUGAUGAGCAGUCGGACUCGCCUUCAGGAUCCGAAUCUAAAAAUGGUGAAGCAGACAGUUCAGAUAAAGAAAUGAAACAUGGGCAAAAAUCUCCCACUGGAAAACAAACAAGUCAGCACUUAAAACGAUUAAAGAAGUCGGGUUUAGGACACUUGAAAUGGACCAAAGCUGAGGACAUUGACAUAGAAACCCCAGGAUCUAUUCUUGUCAACACUAACUUGAGAGCAUUAAUCAAUAAACACACAUUUGCUUCCUUACCUCAGCAUUUUCAACAAUACCUCCUGCUUUUGCUCCCAGAAGUGGAUAGGCAGAUGGGAAGUGAUGGGAUUUUACGCCUCAGCACUUCAGCUCUAAAUAAUGAAUUCUUUGCAUAUGCAGCACAAGGGUGGAAACAGCGACUGGCAGAAGGAGAGUUUACCCCAGAAAUGCAGUUGCGGAUAAGGCAGGAAAUUGAAAAGGAAAAGAAAACAGAACCUUGGAAAGAAAAAUUCUUUGAGAGGUUUUAUGGAGAAAAGUUGGGCAUGUCAAGAGAGGAAUCUAUGAAGCUCACGUCUAGACCAAACAAUGAUGGAGCUGAACGUAAUUCCUCACGUGAGACCUCUGGCCUUCCCAGUUCUUCUGCACAGACUCCCUUGGAAGAACAACAGCCAAAAAGCAUGAAAAACCCAGCUUCUCCAGAGCCUGUUUUCUGUACCCCUCUCUGUCCUAUGAUAGAGGUUCCAGCUAAAGAUGUGAUGGCAGAAUCAGAAUCAGAGGAUAUCUUGAUCCCUGAAGAAUCUAUAAUUCAGGAGGAAAUUGCAGAAGAGGUAGAGACUAGUAUCUGUGAAUGCCAGGAUGAAAAUCAUAAGACGGCACCUGAAUUUUCUGAGGAGUCUGGAAGUCCAACCAACUCUCAUGAAGAGCCCCAUAUCGCAACUCCUGAAGACAGCUUGGAAUCCUGUGUUAUGAUGAAUGAUGUUUUAGAAACUUUGCCUCACAUUGAAGUUAAGAUAGAAGAGAAACUGGAAUCUUCCCAGGAAGCAAUGUCGGUGGUUAUUGAUCAUUUAGAAAUCUGUGACUCUCUCGUUCCUUCUGCUGCAUCUGUGCCUCGUGUCAGUGACACAGAACAUCAGGAACCAGAAAUUGCACUAGAGACUAAUACUCCAAAAAUAAAAGCAGGGUCAUCCUCUCUAGAAGGCCAGUUUCCAAAUGAAGCAAUUUCUGUAGAUAUGGAGCUGCAGAGUGAUCCUGAAGAACAGCUCUCAGAAAACGCUUGCAUCUCCGAAACUUCCUUCUCUUCAGAGAGCCCGGAGGGAGCCUGUACCAGCCUGCCAUCCCCAGGAGGGGAAACCCAGUCCACAUCAGAAGAAUCCUGCACUCCAGCCUCCCUUGAGACAACAUUCUGUUCCGAGGUGUCCAGCACUGAAAAUGCAGACAAAUAUAAUCAGAGGAAUCCCACUGAUGAAAACCUCCAUGCAUCUUUGAUGUCAGAAACAUCUCCAAUAUCCACUUCACCUGAAACGUCCGAAGCAUCUCUAAUGUCCAACUUGCCACUAACAUCUGAAGCAUCACCAGUAUCCAACUUACCUUUAACCUCAGAAACAUCACCAAUGUCCGACUUACCUUUGACGUCAGAAACAUCUUCAGUGUCUUCCAUGCUUCUCACCUCAGAGACCACUUUUGCAUCCAGUUUGGCACUUCCUUCAGAAACAUCUCCAAUUUCUAAUUCUUCCCUGAAUGACAGAAUGGUGCAUCAACAAAGAAAGUCACCUUCUGUAUCUGAAGAACCACUCUCCCCGCAGAAAGAAGAAACUUCUGCCCUUGCCAAAUCCCUAGGAGAGAACCUUACCUCCCAGCAAAAUACUCUGUCCAAUAGUCCUGCACCCAUCAUAAUGAGUUCUAUUGUUUCUCCUGAAACAUUUCCAUCUGAAGAAUUGCACAGCAAGAGCCUGAGUCAGCAGCCUUGUAAAUCACAUAUUGACAAUGACAAGUCCUACCCUGUUUCAAUUCCAGAACUUCCUUCUACUGAAAUGAUAAAAGUCAAAAAUCAUAGUGUCCUGCAAAGAACAGAAAAGAAAGUAGUAUCCUCAGCACUGGAAUUAUCUGUCUUUUCAGAAGAAACCGAGAGUGAGGGAAAUGAGCUUCCAUCAGCCAAAUUACAGGAAAAGCAAUAUGUCUCAUCAGUGGAGAAGAUGUCGUUUCCAGAAGGCUCUAGAAAUAAAACACAUAAACAAGGGAGCACACAGAGUCGGGUAGAGACGGCACAUACUUGUAAGUUGUCGGAGCCCUCCAAGUCACCGGAUGGAAUAAGAAAUGAAAGUAGAGAUUCCGAGAUAUCCAAGAGAAAAACUGCAGAGCAGCACAGCUUUGGAAUCUGUAAGGAAAAGAGAGCCAGGAUAGAAGAGGAUCAGUCCGGCCGGAGCAUGCCAUGCGGUAGCCCCCCUGAGAAGGAGCAGCCUCCAAGAGAGGAGCCCAGGGUUCCCCCUCUCAAGAUCCAGCUUUCCAAAAUUGGUCCACCUUUUAUAAUCAAGAGCCAACCAGCCUCUAAACCAGAGUCUCGCGCAUCCACUAGCACGUCUGUCAGUGGGGGGAGGAACACAGGCGCCAGGACUCUUGCCGAUAUCAAGGCCCGGGCCCAACAAGCCCGCGCCCAGCGAGAGGCUGCUGCAGCCGCUGCAGUGGCCGCUGCAGCAAGCAUCGUCUCUGGUGCCAUCGGGAGCCCAGGAGAAGGUGGAAAGGCGAGAACCCUGGCGCACAUCAAAGAGCAGACAAAAGCUAAGCUCUUUGCAAAACAUCAAGCCCGAGCCCAUCUCUUCCAGACCUCUAAAGAGACCCGAUUGCCUCCGCUGGCUUCAAAGGAAGGCCCUCCAAACUUAGACAUUUCCUCCACCCCUGAAACAAAAAUGGAAGGUUCAACUGGUGUCAUUAUUGUCAAUCCAAACUGCAGAUCUCCUAGCAACAAGUCUGCACACCUCCGGGAGACCACCACUGUAUUACAGCAGUCUCUUCACCCAGCUAACCUUCCAGAAACUGCCACUGACUUAUCUGUGCAUAGUUCUGAUGAAAGCAUACCUAUGUCACAUUUAUCUGAGAAAAUUGUUUCAUCUACCUCUUCAGAAAAUAGCAGUGUGCCCAUGCUUUUCAAUAAAAAUUCUGUCCCUGUGUCUGUUUGCAGCACUGCUAUGUCAGGCACAAUUAAAGAACAUCCCUUUGUGAGUUCUGUUGAUAAAUCCUCUGUCCUAAUGUCUGUUGACAGUGCAAACACUACAAUUUCUGCUUGUAAUAUAAGCAUGUUAAAAACCAUCCAGGGAACUGACACUCCAUGCAUAGCCAUUAUACCAAAAUGUAUUGAAAGCAUUCCCUUUCCGGCCACUACCGAGGGCUCUGGCGUAUCCAGCUCCAUGGAUGAUAAGCAGUUACUGGUAUCAAGCAGUGGUGCUAGUAACUUAGCCUCCACUCAGUACACCUCUGUGCCAACUCCCUCCAUUGGAAAUAGUUUGCCAAACCAUCUUUCCACUAGCUCCAUCUUGAUUCCCCCAACAGGAAUUAACAGCAGAUUCUCCUCUGAGAAAAUAGCCAUGCCUGGGAGUGAAGAACAGGCCACCAUGUCCACGGGCACCACUGCAACAGCAGCCCUCAGCGGCAGUGAUUCUGUCACGGUCGCAGACUCUCUGGUGGCGCACCCACCCAUCCCAAUGUUUACUGGAAACAUGCUGACGCUAAACCCCUAUGAUAGUCCUCCCAAGUUAAGUGCUGAAAGCCUGGACAAAACUUCAGGUCCUCGAAACAGGGCAGACAAUUCUGGGAAACCUCAGCGACCACCAGGGGGCUUUGCACCAACAGCCAUAAACCGGUCAAUUCCCUGUAAGGUCAUAGUGGACCACAGCACCACACUGACCUCCAGCUUGUCUCUGACUGUCUCCAUUGAAAGUGCAGAAGCCAGUGUGGACCUCCAGGGCAGGUCAGCGAGGACAGAGGCAUCUGUACAGCCCAUGGCAUGUCCUCAGGUGUCUGUUAUUAGCAGGCCCGAGCCAAUUGCAAACGAAGGCGUAGAUCAUGGUUCCAGUUUCACUGCUGCAUCUACCGCAAAACAAGAUUGUAAAACGUUGCAAACCACAUGCACGAGUCUCCGAGAAUUACCCCUUGUUGUUCCAGACAAGUUAACUGAGGUGACUGCUCCCAGCCAUAGCUUUGCCGAGCAGGCACAUGGCCCAACUACUUUCAAAAGUGAAGCAGACACAACCUGUAGCAAUCAGUAUAAUACAGGUAACAGGAUUUGCUGGACAGAGGAUGGGAUGAGGGCCACGGGGCAGCCUCUGGUUAGUCACUCGGGUUCAAGUAAACAGAAAGAAUAUCUAGAACAGAGCUGCCCAAAGACUAUCAAAACGGAGCACGCCAGCUACUUGAACGUGCCGGAGCUUCACCCCAGGAAUCUCAUAACAAAUGUUCCACUUCCUGUGAAGUCUGAAAUUCGUGAAGUGGACAAGAGCUUUAGGAUGGACACCGAGGACUUCCCUGGCCCUGAGCUGCCCCCUGCAGCUGCAGACGCAGCCUCCAGUCUGCAGCAGACACAGACUGUGAAAGCUUCCACCUCGAGCCCCAUGGAAGAGGCUAUUUCCUUGGCUGCCGACACCCUGAAAAGAGUCCCUGGUGCCAUGAGCUCGAACUGUCGACUGUCCUCAGUGGAGGCUAACAAUCCCCUGGUGACACAGUUGCUGCAGGGCAACCUGCCUUUGGAAAAAGUGUUGCCACAGCCCAGAUUGGGAGCCAAGCUUGAAAUCAGCAGGCUUCCUUUGCCUCUUCAAACUACCUCAGUGGGUAAAACAGCACCAGAGAGGAAUGUUGUUGAAAUGCCAUCCAGCUCUCCAAAUCCAGAGGGUAAGGGAUACUUGGCAGGGACACUAGCGCCAUUACAGAUGAGAAAGCGAGAAAACCAUCCCAAAAAGAGAGUAGCCAGGACUGUGGGGGAGCACACCCAAGUGAAAUGCGAGCCGGGGAAGUUGUUGGUGGAGCCAGAUGUUAAAGGGGUGCCUUGUGUCAUCAGCUCCGGCGCCAGUCAGCUGGGACACAGCCAGCCAUUUAAGCAAGAAUGGCUGAGCAAGCACCCGGGGCCCAGCAGGAUCGUCCACAGCCCCGAGGUCAAGCAGCAGAAGCGGCUGCUCCCCUCAUGUGGCUUCCAGCAGAGCCUGUUUCAUGUCGACAAGAAUGGCGGCUUCCACCCCGACGCAGGUGCCUCACACAGACAGCAGUUUUACCAAAUGCCUAUGGCUGCCCGGGGCCCCGUUCCUACCGCAGCCCUGCUGCAGGCCUCGUCCAAGGCCCCGGUGGGAUGCAAUGCAUUUGCCUUCAAUCGACAUCUCGAACAGAAGGGCUUGGGAGAAGUCAGUCUUUCCUCAGCACCUCACCAGCUGCGGGUGGCCAACAUGCUGUCCCCCAACAUGCCCCCGAAGGAAGGCGAGGAGGUGGGAGGCGCUGCACACGCCCUACCAAACAAAGCCCUGGUGCGACCGCCACCGCCACCGCUGCCACCACCCCCGCCACCGCCCCCCUUGGCUUUGCCCCCACCGCCCCCACCCCCGCCCCCACUGCCUCCACCUCUCCCCGCUGCGGAAGGCCCCUCGGAUCAGAAACAACCGCCAGUUACCAUGGAAACCACUAAGAGACUGAGUUGGCCCCAGUCCACGGGCAUAUGUAGCAAUAUAAAAUCAGAACCUCCUUCUUUUGAGGAAGGUUUAAACAGCAGCUGUGAACUGGCCGUCAAACAAGUUCCCUAUGACCAGAAUGAAAUGAAAGAACAGUUAAAAGCAUUUGCGCUAAAAAAUGCAGAUUUCUCUUCCUAUUUGCUUUCUGAGCCACAAAAGCCUUUUACCCAAUUAGCUGCUCAGAAAAUGCAGGUGCAGCAACCACAGCAGCUCUGUGGAAAUUUCCCAACAAUACACUUCGGUAGCACGAGCUUCAAAAGGGCAGCAUCUGCAAUUGAGAAGUCCAUGGGGAUUUUGGGAAGUGGCUCCAAUCCUGCCACGGGCCUGCCUGGUCAUAACGCUCAGAUGCCCGUUCAGAACUUUGCCGACAACAGCAACGCGGAUGAGCUGGAACUGAAAUGCUCUUGCCGGCUGAAAGCCAUGAUCGUGUGCAGAGGCUGCGGGGCCUUCUGCCACGACGACUGCAUAGGUCCCUCCAAACUCUGUGUCGCGUGCCUCGUGGUGCGAUGAGAGCUGAGGGGAAGGUGCAGUAUCCCUUUUCCACGCGGAAAAGCCAGACAGCAUCAGCACCAACAAAUUGGAAAACACGGUGGUUUCUAUCAGGCUAAUUUAUUUUGCUUUAGUACAGAUCUUUCCUCUACGGGAUAAUUGUUUUCUUGCCUUUCUCGUUAAAGGGGAGGUGCCUCCCGACUGAACGCUCGGCAGCGUGCGUGUUCCCCAUGCCAUUCCAGCUUUGGAAAGUUUCUGUCCAUGUGUAUACAGGUCGCUACCCCAUUUUUUUUUUUUUAUUCUUUCAACCCAGGUGUAGAUAGGAAAGGACAUUUUUAAUUAAUAAUCAGGAAUGCAGAUGCAGAAGGAAGUUAAUAAAAGUGAUUUAAGGUGGUCACACUUUUUUUGUAACAGAAAAGGUUUUUACACUUGACUUUCUUGGACUUAACCACAAUGAUUAAAUCGUAUUUGGACAAGGGAGUCUGACUUAAAUGUGUGAUUCCUUGUAUUUACUCAUAAGAUCAUAGGUCUAUUAAUGGAGGUGUGCCAUCAAUGACAUUCACUGUCCUGAUUAUUUUUCCUCCACUUCUACUUUUUCUCAGAGACUAUGGUGGGAUAUUUGGAUCUGCCUUGGAUUUUGUGCACAUAUUUUUAGUGAAAUGUGUCCUGUACCUGAGAUGGCACUGUGGGCCUCAUGCCCAGGAAUCUCGGUCUAGCCAUUUGACACCUGAUAGGUAAUGUGAGAUCAGUUGACAACAGAAAGCCACAGGCGCUUCAUGGGUGGCUUUUAAGAGCAAGUUUGAAAAAAAAAGUCCUAAACUUAGAAAACAAAAGAAUGACAUGCUGUAUAUGCGCACAUAAAUGGGUUGAUAAUGUAAAUAUUCAUCCAUUAUAUUCACUGUAAUACAAUUACUAGGUAGUGAAAUUUGGGGGGAAAUAAUUGUAGCCCUUUAUUGAUGACACCUAUGCAUUCUGGCUUAUGACCUUGCCAAUGACACUCCUUUUUAUAAGUGUCAUUAUUGAUAAAAGGGACUACCCAAGGCUGCAAAGUGGACAUUUUUCAGAACUUUUUUUUUUCCCUCAGGAUUUGCAACCUGUACAUUUGACUCUGAAAUAACCCUAUUUUAAAGAAUUUUUCCAGGUAUGGCAUAUUUUGUUUUUCCUUUAGUUGAAUUCAAUGCCUUCUUCAUAUUUGAGGGAACAGAUUUUGAAAAAGGGAUACUGCAUCUUACAGUUAUCUUCAGUGUUUAUCCAGUAAAUUCUGAAUGUUGAAUAUUUGAGCUACCAUUCCAUAUACCUUGGCCACCCUCAUGCUGGAGGACAGCUGUAGUUCAGGAGGCUCUGUUCCCAAAAUCAAGUUCAAAAGCACAUGCACGUUAUGGGAAGAUAAAAGAAAACAAAAACCACAUCCAUUUAACUUCCGAUUACAGAGCACAAAAUGUGGAGUGCCAUUAACCCAUUGAUCGAUUGUGGCUGUAGAAUAAAAAAAGAAAACGGGGGGUGGGGGGGACCAUCUGUAUCCAGAGUAAGGGCGACAGAUAUUUUCACAUGGGAUCAUCCUAAUCAAAGUAAACUUUAUGACAUUCCUUUAAAACACAUCUUAAAAGUUGACUGGAAUGAGCAGAAAUUACAUUCCUGAGGAAAAUUAAGAACACUUGUGAUUUUUUGUAAUAACUAUGGUAUAUGUUUUUUUCCUUGCAUAUUUAUUGUGAUAUUGCCAAAUUUCUGUAGGUGAUAGAGACAUCAUUCUGAGUAACAAAUUGCCGAUAGUGGAAGGUACUGUAUCUUCAUAUGAAAGAAAAGCAAAGGAAAGCCUGUCACUGAGGCUGUGCUUGAGUGCACCAGUGCCGGCACUUGUUUUUCACAGUAAAAUUAACAAAAUCACCAACUGAGAAAGUUAGUGAUGCACUUACCCGGCCCUUCCCGAGGAAUGCAGCAUAAGUUCCAGCAUCAUGCCAGGCUGUCCUGGGGUGCCAUCCAUGGCAGUGGUGUCUUUGUGGUCUGCAUGGCUCUGAUACCUUGAUUCCGAAGAUCAUGCUUUGGUCUCUCAGGGAGCACCCUGUGAGACAGACACUUGCAUGCCAAUUCCUUCUUCCAAAUCCAGUCACCGCUAUACCAGUGUCAGAUACUGUCGACACCAGCAGAUUGAAAACUACCACAUCAGUAACUGACACAGUGUUGAAAGGAACUGCAGUCUACAGAACCUUUGCACUCUGUGAGGUACAGUUGAGGUGAUGGGAUCCUGAGCUCAUUAUCAGCUCUGUCUUUGUUGGAUGCUGCCUACAAGUUGCUGACUGGGAAUAAAAGUGUCCUUCUGUGUGUUGUGCUCUUUCCCAUAAUAGGUUUGGAGAAUCAGUUGUUGGGAAUGCACGGAUCCUCUCGUGCAGAUUCCAACGAGCAUACAUGAGUUUUCUGCCCUUUUGCUCUUUUUUGCCCCAGUUCAAGUUCCUAGGGUUCUCAGUAUGAUUUCUAUAACCAAAAACUUAAUCUUUUGGUUAAAAAAUAAUGGAAAGGAAGAAGAGAAGUUCAGAAGUGAAAUGUGGAUCAGAAAUUUUCUAGGUGUCCAUUUCAUAUGUGUACAAAAGCCAGUAUGUUUGGAUUAAAUGAGUAGGUUCUUAGUUUCCACAUUUCUACAUGUGUCUGCCUAUGUGAAAAUGGAGUAUGUUAUUUACUACAUGGUUAUUGUGUAAUCUGUAAAUUUUCGUGUGUGCAUUAUCCUGAUUACUGGACACUAAAUUAUCCCUAUCAGGAAUAGAACUUGCACAUGUAGUGUGCAUUUUUUUUUUUUUUUAAAUCACAAAGGAUGUAUUUCCCUAAGUAGCACUUUUGGAGCAGGCGAAGGAAGAAAACUGCUAUUCCCUAAAGCUCCUCCUGGAUGAUACGCUUAUGCCUGAGGCAUAUAAAGACAUUUAGGUAGUUAUUGGGCAUGUUAGUAAGAACGUUCUGAUGCAAAUUCAUUUUCAAAAUGAAAAUAUUUUUUUUCCCCAAAGUGAGAAUAGCAGAAAUUUUGGUGAGCUGAGCACCAUAGUUACAUAUAUUUCCCUGCAAAGGUCUAGUUUGAAGAAUAAACUUGAAAACAAGGCUAUGAGGUUGCGCCUGGUUGCUGUGAAGACUUUGGGGGUGGUAAUGUGUUUGGGGGAUGAGAUAUAGGAGGUUUAGUUGACUUCUGGACCUUGGAUAUUCUUACUCAGUUCAAAAUAAACACGAAAACAAGCUGGUGUAAAUGGUGCUUCCUAAGGCAGUCGAGAGUAAGGGUCCACCUUGCUGCAGCCUCAGACCCUUUACAAACACUCAACUCGCACAAUUUUGAAAGAGGCAGCUAAUGUGGCCUCUGGUUUCUCAAUCCCUCUAUGAAGGUGAAAUCCCAGGUUUUAGAAGCGGAAGCUAAGCUUAGGGUUGCAUGGUCUCUGUGGUGUGGAGGCCCGACACGGCGUAGCUGCCCAGCGGGAAUGACCUCCUUUGACCAUGCAGAGCCCAGAGUCAAUGUCCAUCUGUGUUCCCAGAGAGCAAUGUGAAGAGUCCUAGAAUGAGAAAUCAUCAGACUGUCGGGGGGCCUAUGUAUCCAAAAUGUCACUGAAUAGGAAAACCCUGUUGUCAUCCUCAUGCUUUGUCACUGUAAAGCAAACAAAAAGCAUUUUUACUAUAAUUUAAAGGAGCUGCUUUUUUAUAGCACAUACUAUUUCGCUUUGUACUAUAUUUGAUAGUUGCAGAAUAAUUUAGAUGUAGAAAAACUUUGUUGUAUUUGUACUGUUCAUGAAUGUUUCAAAGGAAGUGCUUUACUUGGUUGCCAUAAUUUUCUUAUACUGCUGUAUUCUCCCUUCCCCCCACCCCCUGCUUCAUGGAAGUUUAAUCCGAUUCAUAUUUUCAUUAGAUUUGUUUUUAAUGUGUGUAUUUUUUACUUUUUGGUCAGUAUUCUGAAUGUUUACAUCUGUUUGACAUUAGCCAUUUAAUGCCUUUUUUAAAGGCGGUGUUACUCCUACAGUGUAACAGCAAAAUGUGAAAUCAACCCAAACACAGCACGCAUGACAGACACAGAUGGGGGCUGAAGGCCCUGAACAUACACAGACAUUUUAUAUCAGCAUGCAGAAAAGGCAAAUCCUCCUUCGGUCCUCUACCAAAGAAUAUAUUAUCCCCACAGGAAAAACUCAGAAAAGGUGUGUAAAAUCCUCAGAAGGAGGAGCAGUUGAUUCAUUAAGACUGCCGCGAUUUAAUACUGUUACGCUUGCUUUGAUACCUGACUAAAUGUGACUGAGUGCAACAAGCAUUUAAAAAAAAAUUUUUAGACAGCGUUUGUUUAGAAUUCAGGGAUCAUGCAUUCUUUAAUGGUGCUGUUUGUUUUUUUAUUUCUUUUCUACAAAGAAAACAAGUGUUGCCUACAAAAGUGACUGCUCACAUACCAUAAGUUAAAUGAAAUGAAAUGUUUGCCCCUUCAUGUUUCUCUGUUCUUUCUCUUUCUCAAAGUAACAACUUGGGUUUCAAUAUUAAAAUAUUCCGGAGAAAAUAAAGAAAUUAAACA